UUUUUCCAACAGCGGUGGAGUAUUGUGCGGAAGUGGUAAAGAUAGCCAUGGAAAACAAGUUAGUGAUUUAAGAAUAUUUAUCUCAGAUGAAAUUGCUUCUGCGUACUUAAUAAUUUAACAUCUUUUCUGUACCAACAUGUAGAUGGUUGUAGUGUGGGACACAUCCCGAUGUGGUAAAUCUGGCGAGGUCUCUGUCAUUGCCAAGGCUCAUACGGAUGUGGAUAUUUCUAGGAUCAAGAUCGCUCCUUUUGAUGAUACAAGGUUAGAGCAUUAGAUUUCCUCCUGUAGUAACACUGGAUCAAUCGUUGAAGGCUCUUACUGGCGCUCUAGGGAGAACACUGCAGAUAGAGUUAUCCAGUAUAAAUACAGUUACAGUACUGUAGGUUUCUUCCUGUAGUAACACUUGAUCAAUAGGAGAUGAUCCUUACCGGACCUCUACAGACAACAGUCUAGGAAACAUAGAACUAUCCAGUUUAAAUAAAGUCAGUUAAGUUCAGAUUUCUUCCGGUAGUAACACUGGAUCAAUAAGAGAUGACACUUACUGCAUUUUUAGGGAGAACAGUUUAGAACGGACAGAACUACCCAGUAUAUAUGAAGUUAGUUUAGGUAGUAGCUAUUAGUAAUACUGGACAAAGAAGCGAUGAUCCUUACUGCGCCUCUACGGAGAACAGAUAUAACUAUCAACUAUCCAGUUUAGAUAAAAUGAGUUUAGUUAGUUUUAGAUUUCUUCGUGUAGUUACCCUCUCAGAUUGCUAUUUCUCCACCUGUACAGGAUGAUAUCGUGCGGUCGUGAUAAUAUAAGAUUUUGGAGAGUGCGACAUGCUUCAUUACGUUCUUGUCCAGUCGACCUUGGCAGCCAUCACUCGAUCGAGUUUACUGACUUUUGUUUUGGACACGAGACUGUAGAUGGCAAUAAUAAGAAACAGAGAGUGAUGUAAGUUGAUGAAUUCAUGUGAAUCACAUGUGGGGCCCAGUCUAGGUAGUACAGUAUUCUACACGUGUAAAAAUCUCGCAUCGUGUAACAAGUCUGUCAACAAGCCGUCAACAAGUUGUGUUCGCAUUGCUUGUCUCAAGUUGUCAACAAGUUUGGAACAAGCUGUUAACAACUUUUAACAACCUUGUUGCAAGGUUGUUCCAACAAGUCAGAUACAGUCAUGACAUAACAAUAUUGUUACAACCUUGUGUCGUCAAACUUGUAACAUUCCUGUUAUAUCAUGACUGUAUCAGACUUGUUAGAGCAACCUUUUAACAAGUCUGAUAAUGCAAUCAAGCUUGUUACAAGUUGUUAACAGCUUGUUCCAAACUUGUUACAACAACUGGGAACAAGUAGUGCGAACACAACUUGUCGACAGCUUGUGAACAGAUUUGUAACAACUUGUUUGCAGACUUGUAACAACUUGUGCGUUUUUACGUGUGUACAAUAAGCUGCCGUGGUUUGUGUCUGAAUUAUCUGAAAAAGAUAUCUCGAACGUGGUGGCCCAGUGUAGGUAGAGUGAAUCCUACUGUACUUAUACGUUGAACUCCAUGUUUAGCUACAUCUCUUCCAAACUUGGUACGGUAUUUGAAAUCAACUACGAACUUAUUGUCGUUCACAAAGUCCGACGGUUACUUCCGACUGGCAGCCGACAAGAUAUCGUUGAAGUGACCAGUGAGUUUGGGAUUGGAAUUAAUUGUCUAUCUGUGAAUGAAGCAUUUUGUGUGACUGGAUCCGAUGAUGGUUACCUGAGAUUGUGGCCCUUGGAUUUCUCGGGUGUUGUGUUGGAGGCAGGUAAAAUUUUAUGAGGUUAUACACUUUCCCUUAUAUCAAGGCCGGAUUUUGGUGGAAAUAUUGGGGGAGGUGGAAAAAAAUAUAGGGGCGGUGCAGCAGUCUAGCUCACAACCCCCGUGCAUGGAAAGUUAGGGCUUAGAACGGGCCAAAGUCAACGACGUGACGUAUGAAUGUAGUGCAUGUACAUAUGUAUCAGCGUAUUAAUGAGUUAUGAUAUAGUCUGUAUACAGCUCGUUACAAUUACUACAAAGUUUCUUUCAAAACAUUGGAUUAAAAAGAGUACUUGAUACAGAGAUGAGUGGCUAUCACUGUUUCAAUUUUACAGAAAAACUUUCUUUCGAAGUGUAGACCCUACGCAACAAAAAAAUGUCAAAUUUUCACUUUGAUCUAUAAUUGAAACUUUCCCAAGGAGAUGUGCAUGACUUUUCAGGGGAGGUGCAAAAAUUCUCAGGGAAACUACAAAACGAUCUCAGGGGAGGUGCAAGAAUUCUCAGGGGCGGUGCAAAACGAUGUCUGGGGAGGUGCCCACCUCCCCAAUCCGGCUAUACCUUAUAUAGUUCAUGAUUAUUAUCAAGGCGUACGAGUUAUCUGAAAAUGGUGGUUACGAGCACAAUUACAUCUGAUUUCUAUUUUAAAAUGUUGUAGAGCACGAUGGUCCCGUAUCGGCUUUGGAUAUCAAUACAGAUGGUCUUUCUGUCCUUGCAGCAACACUGACGGUAAUUACAGUACAACACACAUACCAUAAUGGAGGAUUCUGUAGAUGCAACUAUGGGUCUCUGGCAGGAAUCGACCCUGCGGCUUUGGGAGGUGCAUGACUUCUCAGAGCAGGUGCAAAAUUCUCAGGAGAGGUGCAAAACGAUGUCAACGUAUAAAUUUAUCAUAGAAAACUGGCUUUGACAAUACAUGUACAUUGCGCAUAAAUGGUGUACUGACAUUUAUUAUAUAGUAGAGAUGAGACACUGAAAACUACACAGUGAGAUAUUUUCGAUAUCUUCAUGCACUAGUGAAGAUAUCGAUCACGUGACAAUUUCAAUUGACAAUUUGCUUUUUUAGCGUGAAAUUUCACAUUUUUUUGUUUGGGACUAUAUAAUAAACAGAACAUUACACGGUGGCUUGAAGAUAUGACUCUUAUCUUCUCGUGUUAAAAACAAUAUUUUACUCACUCGGUGCUCUCGUUCGUAAAAUAUUGUUUUCACCACUCGAAGAUAAAAGUCAUAUCUUCAAGCCACCGUGUAAUAUUCUCUAUCUAUUCAUGUUUUGAAGGGAAAUAUUGGAAUACUGGACAUCUCAACUCGCUCUUACAAAACUUUAAUGAGAUCACAUACGGAACAAAUCCUCAGCUGUUCCUUUGAUUCAUCGCGCCGUUGCCUGGUGACCGUGUCGGAUGACGAAACAAUUCGUGUAUGGGACUUAGACACUCUGUGUCAAUUGUACGACUUCCGAGCAGCCAAUGAGAAGCCGUGUGCUGUGACGUAUCAUCCUCAUCAGCAGGUGUUCGCAUGUGGCUUUCGUAACGGAGCAGUACGCGUGUUUAAUAUAGGUAGGAUUCUCGAGUCAAUUUCCAAAAUAUAGCGAUCUCUUUGUACCUUGUAUUCUAACACUUUCCGUGUUGAUAUAACUGUAUAUCAAUACGGAAAAAAGUUUUAUAUUUGUUUUAUAAUAUAGCACAAAGAAAUAUAAAGAAAGAAAUUUCCCGGCGUUUCCAUGUUGACAUUGAGUUAUAUCAACACGGCUCUUAGCCAAUCAGCGUUCAGAAUUUACAAAUGCUAUAUUAUAAUUAACAAAUAUAAAACAUUUUUCGUGUUGAUAUACAGUUAUAUCAACACGAGUGGAAAUUGGGAAAACGAGAAAUUGUGUGGAAACACGACGCCCGAAGGGCGGAGUGUUUUCACACAAUUUCGAGUUUUCCCAAUUUCCACGAGAGUUGAUAUGACUAUAUGUCAAUACGGAAAAAAUGUUUUAUAUUUGUUUUAUAAUAUAGCACAAAGAAACAUAAAGAAAGAAAUUUUCCGACGUUUCCGUGUUGACAUUGAGUUAUAUCAACACGGCUCUUAGCCAAUCAGUGUUCAGAAUUUACAAAUGCUAUAUUAUAAAUUACUACAUUAAAACAAUUUAGACAUCGUUCCUAUCAAAGUACCAAUAGUCAAUAAAAUUAAGACUGUUCUGAAAUCAUCAAUUUUCUAAGAUCUUUCUAAAAUUGAAUCAAAUUAUUUAAAUCCCUUAUACUGUUCGGUAAUGAGUUCCAGUUUGAAACUGCUCUAAUACACUGGAAUAACUAGUUUAUCCUUGUUUCUAAUAUUUCUCGAAUGGAUCGUACUUGUAGCUACAGUAGAUUAACCGGGGUAGAAAUUCAAACCGGGCUGAAAACUCUCCAACUAAUCCUCCCCUUAGGCAGGCCCUACUUGUGAUAGUAACAUUUCAUUUCUCUCUUCUCAUCCAGCGACAGCCAGUAUGCUUGCAGAACAUAAAGAACACAAAGGAACUGUCACUGGGCUAGCUUUCUCACCGAACGGUGAACAUAUGUACACGGCUGGAUCGCAUGGGAUCUUGGUACUAUACGAGGGAUCAACAGAAGAUUUUAGUGUACAGAGAAUGUUGGUGAACUCGGUGGCACGUGGGGAUCAUUUUGCUCCUGAUGUCCUAACAGUCAGUGAUGAUAGUCAACGCUUGGCUAUCAUUGGUCCAUCGGAGUAUGUUAUCACUGUUAUGGAUACUAGGACUUUGGACGAGGUUAGUAAAGAAGGGGUUGCUCUUACAGGUACUGCAUGGUCUGCAUGAACCUCUAAGGAGAACUGUUUAGAACUGAUAGAACUAUUAAGUAUAAAUAAAGUUAGUUUAGUUUAGGUUUCCUCCUGCAGUAACAAUGAAACAAGGGAUGAGCCUUUCUAGACUUCUAAACUUCCAGUCCGAAUUUUCCUUUAUAUGUAGGUUCUUCGUAUUGAUAUAACUACAAUGAACCCGGAGAAUGGAUCAAACAAUGUAGACUCUGCUGUCAGAUUGUGUUAUGCUCCAGCUUCGUUAAGACAACUAUUGGUAGUCACUGCAGGUUGUAGAUUGUUAAAACUUGAUGCAUACACUGGACAGCUGCUUAGUGAGGUAAGGCCCUAACACAAAUAGACAUAGCCAACUAAGGCAAAUGUAUACUCGUUGUCGCCCAUAUUACCUAUAUAAUAAUAUACAAAAAAUAUUACUCAACUGUGAUUGGUUGAUUUCAGUGCAGUUAAUCCCAAACAGCAGUGCAAUUUUUUGUAAUCACAGUGCAAUUUUCUGUAAUCACAGUGCAAGUCUGUAACAAACUGAUCUGAUUGGUGGAAAAACAAUGUGAUGAUAAAUCAACCAAUCAGUUUAAAGCUGUUUAGUUUAAAGAAAUCACAGUCACAAAUUGCUUCAAAACAAAACAAGCACGGCGCCGCGCUACAUAAUUAUAAAAGUUGACUUCGGUUGAAAAAUAUGGCUUUUAUCUUUUUUUAAUAAGUAAUAGCAUGGUUUCUCGUGAGAUUAGGAUAAACAUGCACUCGUGAGUUUUUCAAAGACCUCAAAUAACACUCGUCCUUCGGACUCGUGCUAUUUUGAGGUCUUUAAAAAACCCACUCGUGCAUGUUAUAUCCAAAUCGCACUCGAAACCAUGUUAUUACCUAUACCAAGUACAAGUCUGUUUACUACUUCAUUUAGUACCGGCGUAUGAACCCCACAAACCAUGUGAAAAAACAACUAGCUCCUUGUUUUUCAACGUAGUUUUCGCCGGUUAUAUUGCCAUAAAUAAUUUCUCGACUAAUCACUUACUUGAACUUUCAGAUAACAAAUAUACAUCGUUCAAAAUGUUCCAGUCUUGAUCCAUUCUCGACUGGGCACUUCUUAGCCACUGCUGGUGAUAAAGUGAUAAAAAUAUGGGACUAUCACAUGAGGAUGGACCUAAACUUCCAGGUACAGUAAAGAAGACAUUUGGACACGAGCGGAAUUUGCCGUCACAAUUUUGUUUUCUUUGAAUGGUUACAUAUCUUUUUCAGGUAGUUCAAACACAAACCGCGGCAGCUUAUUGUAGAAUGCUACCUACACUGGACCACCACGUUUGAGAUAUCUUUUUCAGGUAGUUCAGACACAAACCACGACAGCGUAUUAUAGAAUACCACCUACACUGGACCCCUACAUGUUUGAACUAUCUUAUAAAUCAAAUCAGUUGAAGACUUGUAAUUAUAAUAAUUCAACUCUCUUUGAUAUUAGGUUUUCAUUGGUCAUUCCGAAGCAAUAGUUAAAGUGUGCUUCACCCCAGACCUCCUCGGUUUAGUGAGCAUUGGAGAGGCCAUCUUUAUUUGGGAUUUUCUUGGUGAUGGUCGCGUGCCUUUGGAGCCUGGGUAAGACAUUUAAUUUAUUAUAAUUUUAUGACUGUGUACUUGUUGAGGAAAGUGCUAUAUUUAUUUCUCCGUAACUUUUGUUUUUUAUAGAGGAAGGGAACAACCAACGAAGUAUAUCAGCGAUGAACCAGGUACAAACAAAUUUAUAGACCCAUUGCACUGACGUCACAAAUCCUUAGAGUGUCCUCCAGAUGCUCCCUAACAAUAUCUGUUCCGGUACAACAACCACAUACAGCGCAAAAAUUAACCAUUUUAAUACAAAAUUAUUAUAAAGUUUUACAAAAUUUGCUUUGUUUACAAAAGUUAUAUUAUGAAUAGAUUGCUAAUUUGUCCUCCAGAUGCAUCGUCAGCGGCGCUGUGACGUCAUGUGCAAUGGGCCUAUUCCUGAAAUCAGUUUGUUUUUAUAUCAACUAAAUUAUGUCUUCUGGAUAGCUCUAACAAUUCUAAGCUGUUCUCAGUUGAGGUCCAGCAAGGUUCAAUAUUUAUUGAUACGUACACUACAGUGUCAUUACAAGAGGAAACGGGAGAAAAUUUACGGUAUUUGGUAGAGUCAAACUGGAAGCACUCUUCUUACAUGACUGUGGUGACAUUAUAACCAGACAACUGUAUAUUGCAAGAAUCGAACCGUGGCCACAGAGAUACAUAUACUAACCAUAGCCAACAUUUUUCCUUUUCCCCAAUACGAACAGGAAAUAUUAAGGGGACCGCAAUUUAUUCGUUAUCUUUUAGACAAGAAUGUUCGUGUUUCUGGUAACAUGACGUUAAAUCAAAAUGCAAUCGGCGAAUCCGAACAUCGCCCCAGGCCUCCGGUAACCGCCACCCAGAUUCCCUCGCGACCUCGUCCCAGUCCUUCACCUACCAAACUCGGGCAGACUCUGGUAACUUCGCCAGUAAAACAAUUUGAUAUGAUGGAUAGUCUUAACCCUUUGGUGACCAACGGAGUGACUGCACCGCAAAAUACCCCGGAGAGGAAACAAAUGGUAAUUUAUAAAUGACUAUUAGGGAGGGGGGAGGUCUUGGUUCACUUAGCACUAGUGCGCAGCAAGUGGUGGUGAGCCUUUGAUUAUGCAUUUGUCAUCAUACAAUUUUAUUACGAGAGAACUUUGUAGGGUUUUUAACUUUUUAUGAAGACGACUUAAAGACCCGUUUACAAUUGCAAUUUUUGCUUCGAUUUUUAGGUGCGAUUUUCGUCUGAUGGAUGUGAACAAGUGGAUGAGCUAUGAAUGUUCAGAUGAGGCCAUCAUGAGGGUACAUGUACUCAGAACAGUCAUAAUUCAUCUACUUGUUCACAUGCUUCAGAAGACGAAAAUCGCUCUAGAAAUCGCAGCGGGUAGAUCUAGCAUGACGCCUCUGGAGAAAUACGGCGAAUAUGAAGGUUGAUACUGUAUGCCGAAUGCGGAAAUAAAUAUGGUGAAUGUGGAGAUAAAUAUGUCGAAUAUGGAGAAAAACACUAUCACAGCCACGAGUGGCGGAACUAAAUAGAUUACGUGGUCACAAGAAAGAACGAUCUAUAAUUGUCGUGUAGCCGACAUGGAGAUAAUUAUGGCGAAUAUGGAGACAAAUGUGUCAAAUAAGAGACGAAUGUGGCAACUUUGGAGAUGAAAUGGGGACCACAGAAAUCGCAAAGCUGCGGAUUGUAAAGGAUAUUUUACAGUGUAGAGUUGUUUGAGUGACAUAUUUUAUUUCUGUCAUCUAAUAACUCCACUCUGUUAGAAAUUUGUAGAAAGACUAUGGCUGAAUUUGUUACAUGUGGAGAUACUAUGGUGAUUAUGGUGAUGACUAUGGCUAAAGUAUAGACGACCAUGGCGAAUUGGAGAUGACUAUUACGAAUAUGGAGAUGACUAUAGAGAAUCGCUGAACUAGAUAGAUUACGUGAUCACAAGAAAGAACAAUCUAUGAUUGUGGUGUAGCAAUAUGGAGAUAAUUAUGAAGACAAUUGUGUCAAAUAAGAGACGAAUGUGGCAACUUUGGAGAUGAAAUGGGGAUCGCAGAAAUUGGAAAGCUGCGGAUGGUAAAGGAUAUUUUACAGUGUAGAGUUGUUUGAGUGACAUAUUUUAUUUAUAUCAUCUAAUAACUCUACUCCGUAAGAAAUUUGUAUGAUCUAUCAAAGACUAUGGCUGAAUUUGUGUGAAAGACUAUGGCUGAAUUUGUUAAAUGUGGAGAUACUAUGCUGAAUAUGGAGAUGAUUAUGGCCAAAGUAUAGACGACCAUGGCGAAUUGGAGAUGACUAUUACGAAUAUGGAGAUGUCUAUUACGAAUAUGGAGAUGACUGUGGGGAAUGUGGAGAUGAAGUUGCGCUCGCAGAAAUAAAUUUAGUAAAUAUAGUAUACGACGUUUUGUCUUACAAAGUAGAAAGAAAUUUUCACAAUACAGAACUGUUUGAUAAGAAAAAAAAAAUUUUUUGUCUUCAAAUAUUUCUGAGCCAAGGGAAAUUUCGAUCAUUUGGAAAGCUUAGCUUCCCAAACAAACACGUAUUUAAAGUGAAAUUGAACGCCAUAGACGUUUAUUGCCUUGAAUUGACAUUAAGACAAGGAUACAAUGUUGAUUGUGUGUUGUUUGUGAAACUGUGAAGUACUUUGAAGUAUGCCAACAGAAGGGUCAAAAUUUAAGUUUCAAUUGAUAUAAAGUCUAGAAUUUGAUUUUCUAGGAUGAAGUUAAUUCGAAACUUUCAAUCAACCAUACAAGCCAGUCUGACACAGGUCAUCCAAGUCCUACAGUUUCAAAACAUUUUAAAAGAUGCAAGAGUUCAACUGCUCUGCCUGAAAGGAAGUACAGUGCUCCUCCCAGUCAGGCUGGUCUCAUUCUGCAGGCUGUAUUGGACUACAAUGGAGAUGGGCGUGGCAACCUCUGCUGGCAUCCGGAAACGGGUUAGUGAAAGAUACCUCAUUGAACUGUUCUCCCUAGAGGUACAUUAGGUCAGGAGAAAAUCUGAUAUAAACUGACGUUUCACUGGAUGCAUUAAGUUUCUUCUCUUAGUAACACUGGACCAGCAAGAGGUAGCACUUAAUGUACCUCUAGGAAGAACAGUUUAGACUGAUAUAGCAUUCCACUAUCGCGUAUAAAUAAAGUUAGUUUAGUUUAGGUUUCUUCCAGUAGUAACACUGGACCAAUACGGGAUAUCCUUACUGGACCUCUAAGAAGAACAGUUUAGAACUGAUAUAGAGCUAUCCAGUAUAAAUAAAGUUAGUUUAGUUUAAGUUUUCGCCAGUAGUAACACUGGAUCAAUAACAGAUGAUUCUUACUGGACCUCUAAUGGCUCUAAGAAGAACAGUUUAGAACUGAUAUAGAGCUAUCCAGUAUAAAUAAAGUUAGCUUAGUUUAGGUUUUCGCCAGUAGUAACACUGGAUCAAUAACAGAUGAUCCUUACUGGACCUCUAACGGCUCUAAGAAGAACAGUUUAGAACUGAUAGAGCUAUCCAGUAUAAAUGAAGUUAGUUUAGUUUAGGUUUCCUCCAGUAGUAACACUGGAUCAAUAACGGUUGUCCUUAAAACUCUGGGACUGAUAGAGCUAUCCAGUAUAGAUCAAAAUAGCUGUAAAUAACCAAUCAUUCGAGGAGCUGACAGUGAUACAUUUUCCUCCCUAGGUUUAUUCGUAUACACCAGUGGAUGUGUCAUCAUAAUAGAAGAUCUACACGAUGGUAAACAACGACAUUUACUCCGCCAUGUUGAAGAAAUCUCAACACUUGCGCUACAACACGAUGUUCAAGUCUUGGCCUCGGCGUCUGGUUCUUCUGACAUGGUCGCAUCUCGUAUCUGUAUUUGGGACGUGCAGUCAGGCACUUGUAAAAAGGUAAUCAGGAGUGCUCUUAACUUUAGUUAUGCUGAAUAGCUUUAUUUGUUUUGAACUGUUCUCCCUAGGCGUACAGUAAAAGUCCUCAUUUAUUGGUCCAGUGUUACUAUUGGAGAAAACCUAAACUAGCUUUAUUUAUACUGGACACCUCUAUCAGUUCUAAACUGUUCUCCCUAGAGGUCCAGUAAGAGUCAUCUCUUAUUGAUUCAGUGUCAUUACAGGAGGAAACCUAAACUAAACUAACUUUAUUUAUACCGGAUAACUUUAUCAGUUCUAAAAUGUUCUCCCUAGAGGUCCAGUAAGAGUCAUCUCUUAUUGAUCCAGUGUCAUUACAGGAGGAAGCCUAAACUAAACUAACUUUAUUUAUACUGGAUAGCUUUAUCAGUUCUAAACUGUUCUUUCUUGAGGUCCAGUAAGAGUCAUUACUUAUUCACCCAGUAUCACUGCAGGAGGAAACCUAAACUAAACUAACUUUAUUUAUACUGCAUAGACACCUCUAUCAGUUCUAAAAUGUUCUUCCUAGAGGUCCAGUAAGGAUCAUCUCUUAUUGAUCUAGUGUUACUGCAGGAGGAAAUCUAAACUAAACUAAUUUUAUUUACACUGGAUAGUUCUAUCAGUUUUAAACUGUUCUUCCUAGAGGUUCAGUAAGGAUCAUCUCUUGUUGAUCUAGUGUUACUACUGGUGAAAACCUAAACUGAACUAACUUUUUUGGUACACUUGCGUUAGCCUCCUCCGCAGGCAUCUCACCCGAGGAAUCGGAAAAAGUCUCCUAGAAUUUUUUUUUCAAAAUCCAUUCGAAGGUUAAAACCCAUAGAAAGGCCUGCGGAGGAGACUACACUUGCGUAUUUUACGCCGUUUCUGCCUAAGAUUUUAAACAUACAGCUAUUUCAAUUAAGGUUUUCCACGAGCAAAGCGGAAAAGUCGAAUACGAGCGCGAAAGGUUGCUGGGAACCGCUUUGAAAAUUCAUCAAUUUGUUAGCGAUUCCCAGCAGCUUUCGCGCUCGUAUUCGACUUUUCCGCGUUGCUCGUGGACAACCUUAAUUGAAAUAGCUGUAUACAGAGGGAUGUUCUUCCUUCAUUUGAAUCAUGUCUAUUUUCAGGUCCUUACGUACCACGCAUACGAAGUUGUUUGCUUGGCAUACUCAAGGGAUGACCGCUUCCUCAUAUCAGUCGGGGACUAUAGGGAAUGUUCAGUGGUAAUAUGGGGUACCAAGGACUACAAUGUACUCACAUCGUCGUACACUAAAUCUCCUAUCCAUAACCUCUCCUGGGAUCCUUACACUAUGAAUGAGUUUGUAUCUGUAGGACAAGAUGGGAAUGUCUUGUUUUGGCUGCUGGAUGAAACACGUGGCUCAUUUAACUUAAAUGUGAGUUGUAUGCUCUGGUAUAUAAUUGGUAAAUGAAGAUUGUUAUACAUUUCAGGGUGUCCCCUUGAAUUGGAAAAAAAUUCCAGGACUGGAAAGUCCUUGAAAAUCAGUAGAAGUCCUUGAAUGUCUUGGAAUUAAUUUCCUUAACCUCCAGCUGUGUCAACAUUAGUGAUUUUGAUUAAAGUUAAUGAAUAAUGUGAAUUAUUUACGGCAAAUCCGUGCCAUUUUCAAAGAUUUUUCCCAGUUUUAGGUCUUCGAAUUUGCUGAAAAAGAGCCUUGAAAGUCCUGGAAAAGUCCUUGAAUUUCACCUUCACCAAAGGAUGGACACCCUGACAUUUAUUUCUCUUGUGAAAUGCUGACUCAACUAUUGUCACAUUUGAAAAUUUCACAAUUUUCUCAACAAUGAAACUUGUGCCUAAUAUGUGUUAGAUUCUAGCAUCUUCAACAUGGAUUUGAUCACAAGUUUCCAACCUGAUACAAGACGGAGAAAACUUUUAAAAAAAAAUUUUGAUUUAAUAUUUAGUGAAGCCUAACUCAUACACUGGAAAAAUUAGUGAAAUUCAGAAUAUGGAAUUUGCGAUUGAAUCACUAAAUCCAUAAUAUAGCCAUACUAUUUCCAUAUACUAUAUCCAUAGUACGGAAAUUGCAAUUAGUACGAAAAUUGGAUUUCCUUACUAUUUUCAACUAAGAUCUAUACUAUUUCCAUAGUAACGAUCUUGAAAAAAAAAUUCCAGUGGUACAGUAUUAAUAUGUUCCAAACUAGACUGCAUAUCAAAUUAAACUUUCAUUCUGAAUAAGGCACAAAACUGUGUUUAGUAUAGAAUUAUCGUAGUUUUAAGGUAUAAACAUUUCUGCAGUGGCAGAAAUUCUGACAAUUUUGAGCUUAUAUUUCUUAAAUUUGUGUUUUAGGUUUGUGAAGCGAAAGUGCCCGAUGACUUACUCUAUGCUACCAAGGAGGUUUGUUUUUUGUAACCUACCUAUUUUAGGAAUCUUCGCUUUAUAAGAUCAAAUGCUUUCUAGGAACAAAAAUUUAAACAAUACAUGACGCUCAAUAUAUUUUUCUUAACCAGGAAGACUCUAUGGUUCACUUCACAUGUGCGUGUUAUGCUGGUGAUAGCAUACUCUAUGUUGGUAAUAGUGCAGGUAGGUUUACAGCUUGUGUUGGCUGGUGGUAAUUUGACUGCUAGCUGGGAGACCUUAAUUAAGUUCAACUAACUUUGUGUACACUGGAUCGCUCUAUCAGUUUUAGACCUUUAAAACCUUACUGAUUAUCUUGAGGUAUUCAUGAACUGUACAAAUAUCAUCUUGAAAUGUUAUCUUUUAGGAAUAUUAUCGGCAUGGGAUACAAGACAGAAUAAAUGUUUUAUGCAUUGGGAAGCGGACGACUCUGAAAUAGGUAGAUUGCAUAUUUAAUGCUAUUAGCUGUCAAAUGAGACCUUUAUGGAAUGAUUGGCGUUAAAAUGACCAAAUGCGAUCUUCGCACGUUUCCACCUUUGGGAUUUAAUGUUAUUCCAAUUUUCGAACAUUUGCCCAAAUGCUUGUUCCCUAUUUGGGAAACACAUAUAUGCCAUUGUGAGUCCAAGGGUCUGCAAGCUUCCAGUACAUGCGUUGCGCCAUAUUUACUCAAGGGAUUUCUACACCCUGUAUAAUGAAAAAAAUUAACAUAAUUUCCUCACUCUGAUAACUGCAGGUUGACCACCAUCAGCUGCGCGAUGGUGCUUAGUGAAAUCCGUUUAUUCAUCGUACUUUUAUUGAAACUGUCCGUGAGAUCGGCUCCUCUAAAACACCUCUUGCCUGACUACUAACAUUUCUUUCCGCGUAGAUAUAAUAGUUUGUCAUCGUGGAUCGUUGAUCACCGGAAGCUCAUCGGGACAUCUUCGUUUGUGGUCGGUGGUUGGCGUCGGAGAGAUGAGGCUACCGGGAGAAAACAAUGUGUGAGUAAUGGUCCCUACUAGACCUUUUGGGAGAACAGUUUAGAACUGAUAUAGCUAUCCAGUAUAAAUAAAGUUAGUUUAGUUUAGGUUUCCUCCUGUAGUAACGCUGGAUCAAUAAGAUAUGACUCUUACUAGACCUUUUGGGAGAACAGUUUAGAACUGAUAGAGCUGCCCAGUAUUAAAUAAGUUAGAUUAGUUUAGGUUUCCUCUUGUAAUAACACCAGAUCAAUAAGUGCUGACUCUUACUGGACCUCUAGGGAGAACAGUUUAAAACUGAUAGAUCUACCCAGUAUAAAUAAAGUUAGUUUAGUUUAGGUUUUCUCCUGAGUAACACUGGAUCAAUAAGGACCUAUUCAGCUUGGUAAGGUAUCCACUGUGGUAACAUUUUCUUGUUUAGAUUAAGUCAAGAUGGUUUGGUGAUUGAAGAUGAGAUGUCAUUAGACGCUGGCGUUGUUUCUGCCUCAUUUGAUGCCUCGUUAGAGAUGGUAAGGGACCACCCAAACACUUACCUAAUUUUCAGUAUAUUUACUCUGUUCUAAUGUCGUGAUGCUAAAAUCAAUUUACUUUAAAUUAUUUCAGGGUAUUGUAGGUACAGUCGGUGGUACACUGUGGUAUAUAAACUGGACGGAGAGAACGAGUAUUCGUCUUGUCAGCAGCCACACACAGAAGGUAUAUAUUGAAGAAAAGUUGUCAAUUGGUGAUGUCAUGAAAUGACGUUCGUUUUCCGCUUACAUUUCAAAUACCAUUAAAGUAGAUCUAAGAUUGUCUCUAAAAUAAGUACAACAGUUUAGUUGUAAUCCAACAUUCGAGGGGGGGGGGGUUAACCCCCCGUCCCUAGAAUCUCUCUAUCUUAUAAAGUGUUCAACCCCACCAAAAUUUUGCUUCACCCCUCCUAUUUUGUGUGAAAGUCGUUAACCCUAACGCCUAACCCCUGCCGAAGCUCGCUCAGUGGUGCCGCUUGCACCCCAGUAGAAAUGUUUUCACCUCUCCUUUAAAAAAAUGAAAAUCCGCCCUUGCAAUCCGCUUGACUUUGUUUCACUGGGUUUUUGUGUAUUAGAUCAAUUCUCUGAUGGUAAGUGGCCCCGAUGACAAGUACUUUGCGACGUGCUCUGAUGAUGGUAGCUUGAGAGUUUGGACGGCGGACGAACUUGAGCAAACUUUACAAUUCCAAGUGAUGGAUCAGGUAUGUGGACUGCUGCAAUAGUCAGUGCAUGUGACUUUCAUCUCUGUGUCCAAGGUUCGAUUAUUGCAAUAUACAGUUGUUUCAUUACAAUUUCUAGACCCUUCCAAACGCAGUUUUUAUCUCUGGUAUCCUGUUUUCCACCUGGGCCAGUAGGAAUGGCCCUUACUGGACCUCUUGGGAGAACAGUUUGGAACUGAUAGAGUUAUCUAAUAUAAAUACAGUUAGUUCAGGUUUUCUCCUGUACCAAUACGAGUUGUGCUUUAAUGAACCUCUAUGGAGAACAGUUUCGAACUGAUAGAGUCAUCCAGUAUAAAUAAUGUCAACUUGGUUUAGGUUUCUUCCUUUUGUAAAACUGGACCAAUAAGGAAAAUUUCUCUGGGUAUUCCUAUUUCCUCCUGUAGUAACACUAGACCAAUAAGAGAUGGCCUUACUGGACCUCCACGGAGAACAGUUUAGAACUGAUAGAACUAUCCAGUACAAAUAACGCUAGUUGAGCAUAGUUUUGCUUUUUUUUCCGUUUAUUCUAGCGAUGUAAUUGCGUAUCGUUCUGUCCAACACCACAACCUGAACCAACCAAGAGUCUCACCAGUGAUGGUCAAAUCCUAGCUACAGUUCACCCUCAUGAGAAACCAGCUGAGAAACCAUUGAGACCAUCACACUGUGUAGCUGGUUAUGAUGAUGGUACCGUACGAUUGUUUGAUCUAGGGAGGGUUGAGAUGAUCAUGAAGAUUCACCCUCAUGCUGGAGCAGUGACGGCUAUAACAUUCUCUGCUUAUGGUGAGUGAUGGUGGUGGUGGUGAUGAUGGUAAUGGUGGCGAUGAUGGUGUUGGUGAUAACUUUGGUGGUUAUGGUGUUGUAAUAGUGAUGGUAAUGGUGAUGGUAAUAAUGGUGUUGAUGGUGGCGAUGGUGAUGAUGAAGGUGGUGGUCAUUUAUAUUUUUUCUCAGUAUCCAACUGGGAUACCAGGAUUCAAAGUUUAGUAUCCCCCUGAGAAUCCAGUAUCCCACUUCUGGAUACUGGUUACCGGUACCAUAAGUAUUAUACCCUGUCCCAUCCAAAUACGUUUCCAUAACUCUCACUGUUACAAAUUACAAUAACAACAGGAGAUUCAACAGUGAACAACUAAACAAUUCAUUAAUACACUAAAAUCCACAUAAUCCUUCAACAAACUUCUAUGUGCUAGUCUUCAAUGAGGAAAGACUGGUGGUAAACUAAUAGUAGUCAAAAGCUAUCAGGAACCUGUCAGAGGUGUUUAACAUUUCCUUAAUGUUUGAAAUGUUCUUAGUAUCCACUUGGGAUACAAGUCAUUCACAGUUUGGUAUCCAAAACCAAAUUUUUGGUAUUCUGUGGAUAUCGGGAUACUGUAAAUUUCAGACCCUGGUGACCCCAUGAUGAUUGUUGUAGUAGUUAUGGUGGUGGUGAUGAUGGUUUUUGAUGAUGAUGGUGGUGAUAAUGGUGAUGAUGGUGAUGGUGGUUGUGGCGAUGAUGAUGGUGGUUAUUGUGAUGGUGGUGAUGAUGGUGGGGUGAUGAUGGUGGUAGUUGUGGUGAUGGUUGUGGUGAUGGUAUUGAUGAUGGUGAUGAGGAUGAUGGUGACGAUGUUAAUAAUAAUUCUAAUGAUUAUGAUGGUAUUGAUGGUUAUCUGAUAGUCUAAUAUUGUUUUUCAGGUCGUGUAUUUAUGAGUGGUGGUGUAGAUGGUGUGGUAGCUAUCAGCAGUCCAGCCACAGGUCUUACUGUCCGCUUAAUUCAAGACCAUAAAGGAGCCCCGAUUACAGAUAUGGAUAUUGCACCAGAAAAGGUAAACGUGCAUUGCUAUUUUCACCAGUUUGAUUCCUGAAUUAUGCUGUUGUCUGAUUAUAAUUGUGAGAGUGAUAUUUAGUUUGACACUUUGUCUUUACCAAAACACUGCAGGAUUUCUCCAGAAAUUCUGAUUUUCUUACGUUGUAAUACUAGACCUGUGAAAUAUGGGUCUUACCGCACCUCAAGAAAGAACAGUUAGAAGCGAUAGAACUAUCCAGUAGGAAUAAAGUCCGCAUAAGUUUACUUUUCCUCUUGAAAGAUUUUCCUAGGGAGAAAUGUUAGAACUGAUAGAACUAUUCAGUAUAAAGAAAGUUAGUUUAGUUUAGAUUUCCUCCUGCAGGAACACUGGAUCAAUAAGAGAUGAUCCUUACUGGACCUCUAGGAAGAACAGUUUAGAACUGAUAGAACUAUUCAGUGUAAAGAAAGAAAGUUUAGUUUGGUUGAGUUGAAAUGAGUUGCAUUUGGUUUAGUUAUUGUAUUAAAACUGUUCUCCCUGUUUAUUGAUCUAUUUAGGAUCAUCACCCGUCGUUCAGUUCCCCACGGCUGUGGCUCAUUGCAAGUGCUGAUCGUAGAGUGAGCGUUUGGAGCACUGAUUGGUCGAAAGAUUUCUGCGAGCUCGUUGAUUGGUUAACUUUUCCCGCGCCUAACAUUGCGCCAGAUGGCACUGCCCUGAAGAAAGAUGAUGCAGUAAGUUUCUCAUCAUUGUUUUGCGUUUAUUCGAAAAUACUGUAUACAAGCGGCAACUAAGUUCUGAAAUAUUUUUGUUUUCUUUAUUAGUCUUCGUAUUCUCGUCUUCCACCAAGCCUUGCAAGGUUCUCUCCCAGUGAACCCGAUAUUAUAGUCUACACUGGUUACGGUUUGAGAAAACAGAUUCAGUUCUACAGCUUAUCACAAAGGAAGGUCAGUCAGGCUGUCCACGGGCCUUGAAAAUCCUGGAAAGUCCUUGAACUUGAAGAAGAAAAAAAUUAUUAAAAAUGUGUGAAUUUUGUUUAGGUAUUCCGUACCAUCUCCUUAACACAGUGGGCGUCAUGUUUGGAGAUCUCACCCAAAGGUCACUUGAUUGCUAUUGGAACUAAAGGUAUUAAUUUAAAAAAAAACUAUAUAGAACUGAUGCAGCUAUACAGUAUUAAUAAAGUUAAUUUAAUUCAAGUUUCCUCCUAUAGUAAUACUGGAUCAGUAAGGGAUGAUCCUUACUGGACCUUUAGAACUGAUAGAGCUAUCCCGUAUAAAUAAAGUUAGUUUAGGUAAGCCCCCUCUUGUAGUAACACUGAAUCAAUAAGUGAUGAUUCUUACCAGACCUCUAGGAAGGACAGUUUAGAAAAUAAAGUUAGUUUUGUUUAGGUUUCCUCGUGUAAUAACACUGGAUAAAAAAGAGACGAUUCUUACUGGAUCUCUCUUUAGAAAUCCAAUAUAAUUACAGAAUAUUCUACCAAUUCAGUUGCUCAUACGAUCCAAUUAAUUUGAGACAUUGUCACAUGGUCAAUGAUGAUUGGUCAAUUAUACGAAAACCAACGCCGAUUGAUGCAUUCAUACAAAAACCUUAUCGAUUAUACCAGUUAAAAGUUAUCAAGGUUUCAAAGAACUCUUCAAAUGAAUUGGUUCUGGUGAGGAAAUGAACUGGCAGAAUAUUUUAGGAACACUUCCAUUGCCUUGACUGUAAUGAUUUAGUUUAGGUAAAACACUGGCCUAUGUCAUGUUACCAGCCAGAGUUUAAACCAUUAAGUUGUUGUGCUCCCUAUUUUGUUAUUUUACUCUGUCUAACACCAGACGAUUUUACUCGUUGAGGGAGAGUGCUGGCACUCGAUGGGUUAACUUAGAAAAGCGUUUUCUAAACUUUUCAGAACGACUAGUGAAAGUUGUGGAUUAUUGCGAAGGAAGUUUUCAAGAUUUCGAUGGACAUUGUAAUGCCAUUUCCAACGUGAAGUUCUCACCCUCGGGAGAAAAACUGUUCUCUGUUGGAUUUUCUGACGUUUUUCUGUGGAAAGUUCUGAUUUAAUCCAUUCCCAACGCCGUAGACUCUCUGCAGAAACCCCUGACGAGAGUGAGUCGAGGACCGAGCUGAUGGUAUACGAGGUUGAUCGCCAUGUUCUGCACCCGGCUUAAAAAUACUACAGCUUGUCAAUAAUAUGUGUUCGUACUGCUUGUUCCCUGUUGUUGACAAAUCUGGAACAAGUUGUCAUCAUCUUGUAACGAGGUUGAUGAGGCCAACAGACUCGCAACAAGUCUGAUAUCGUCUGCACACAACAAGUUGACAAUACCAAGCUCGUAGCAACUUGUUACGAACAGCCUGUAUUUGCCUUGUUGGAACAACUUGUAGCAAUCAUAUUCACCUGAGUACACAACACCAACACAGCAAAGUCUGUUACCGUCAUCAACCUUGUAACAAGGUGAUAUAUAUAACAACUUGUUCCAGAUUUGCCACAACUGGGAACAAGCAGUGCGAACACAUCCUGAUAUCGGCUUGACAACAUGCAACCUUGUUACAGCUUCUGUAACAACUUGCGCGUUUUUACGAGUGUAAGUUACUACAGGAAAUGAAAUGAAAAGUUCCAAGAAUUUCAAGCAAAAUAAUGUUUAGUUGAAGCCCCACCUGUUGAACAAUCGCUGUUAUAAAUGUAAAUAUGUAAAGAAAGCAUCACUGGCCCUGAAAAUCAAGCACAUUUUGUCCCUCUCUAAAAUCCCUUUGCAUAAAACUAGAUGGAAACAUGGUAUGGCAGGCAUGAAGAACAGUGGAAUUUCUCAUUCUCUCAAACUACCACGAGUGUUUCUAUAACUGUAUACAAAAACAGGAAAAAGUACUUUCUACUUCGUUUAUAAUAUAACUCAAGAAAAGUUUUUAUAGCCAUUUUUUAUAUCGAUUAAUUUACAAAUUCUUAUUUCCUCGGCAUUAAAGUGCGCUCGUUCAGUUGCUUGGGCUUUACUCCUCAAUUUGAUUAUAAAAUAGUCAAGUGCUCUAUUUAAACUGAGAAUUCUCUUUUUGUCUUGUGAUUCUUUAAUUCAUUUGGUUGUCUAAACUAAUAUUGUCACACAUUUUUUCGAUUACAGCGCGUGCUACUCGACCAAUCAACGCUCACGUACUGUAAAUGGUAUACUGUAUACCACUAUAGUAGGUAAGGUUUGGGCGUCGCAUUUCGUCUAAAUUAUUCAAUAUUUAUAGAUACUCAACGUUAUCCAAUCGUUUAUAUUUCCGUUCAAAAACCCGGCAUCAUAAUGUUUAAAAAAAUUAAAAAGUUGAAUAUUACAUCCGCCAUCGGAAUGGGCAUUACUUCGUCUGCUUUGAAAGUCGAAGAGAAAACUCCACUCUUUUACAACGGAGCUAAAAUUUGUGAGAAAAACGAUAAGGCACAGGAGACGUUUAGGCUUUAUUACAUAUCUCAAAGCGAUGUAUAUGAGGCUGUAUUGUAUAAUCCAGACGAAAGGACAGUGUGUUUGAGUGUCUUUAGAAUUGAAGAUGAAAGAAAAGCAAAAGAUAUGUUUCGGUGAGUUCGAAAUGAUUUUAAUGCGUUAGUUAAUGAAACAGUUUGUGUUUGUGUUUGUGAAUUAUUAAAUAGAUAUACAGCUUUGUUGUGCAUACAGUGUGUAUUAAAAUUUAUAUAUACUUGAGUUACUUCGCAGAAAGCCAUUAUCGGCUUCGAUGAUUGUUUAAUAAAUUAAACUGUGCAGUUAAUAUAAUAAUUACUGUAAUAUGAAAUGUCCGCGAAUAAUUAGAAUUUAUUAACGAAUUAAUUUUAGAUCUGAACAUGAUUUUAUAAUAGACUCACUCUCUGGCAUUCGCUGCUGCAUUCUUGAAAUGUCAUAUAAUUUUAUAUUGUACAGUCAGUCUCAAAUAUGGACCACUGAUUAUGGACACUGAACAGAAAAGUGUAUUAAUUUAAAUAAUAUGUGACUUCAUGCAUUUCAUUAAAAUGAAAAAAGUUUCAGGGGAAAAGCAGGGUUGACAAAUCAAAUUGACUUGGUAUUUGAGGGUUGUAUCUAGAUACAACUUUCCUAGCAGGGUUGUAUACAUGCACAUACAUAUACCUUAAUUCUAGCAGGGUUGUAUUGAGACACAAUGCUUUAUUGCUUACCACAAAGUUUCUUCAUUACAAUUAGUACAUUAACUACAAAACAUUGCAUUAAUAUGUUUAUCACUGUUUCAAUUUUACAGAAAAACAUUCUUACAAAGUGUAGACCCUAAUUAAGCAACCAAAAAUGUCAACUUUUCACUUUCAUCCAUCACUGAAAUUUUCCAAAAAGGGGAGGUGCAAAAAUCUGGGGGAGGUGUAAAAAUUCUCAGGGGAGGUGUAAAAAUUCUCAGGGGAGGUGUAAAAAUUCUCAGGGGAGGUGUAAAAAUUCUCAGGGGAGGUGUAAAAAUUCUCAGGGGAGGUGUGCACCACCAGCUCCACACACUUUCCCUCAAAAUCCGGCCAUGCUUCACACUGCAGCCUUCUGCCAUCAUCUCUACCUAAACUGCCACCAACCGUUUGAAAACCUUAUGGCCUUUUAUAAUAUGUUCAGGCAACUGUGUGAGCGUCUUACACCAUUCUACCAGUCAUCAUCAAGAUGCUACAAGACAGCAACAUUACAGUCUUUGCUGAACUGUUUGGAAGAACAUCCAGACAUGGAACUGGCUGUAGUUGCUAGAACUACUGGUCUAACUGAAUGUCUAAAACACGAGAAGAUUGCAGCAAGUGCCAAAGCUGUCGACGCCACAGAUGCUGGGAAUACAGAAACCUCUCUUCUACAGGCAACGAAGGUAUCACCUCUAUGACCAGGAUUUCGUUCCUGCAAUAUAUAGUUUAGGCUGUUGGCAGUUGUGGUAGAUAGAUUUAAUAUUAUGUACGUAUGUUUAAAUUUAUAGAUAUUUUGGCUUUUCGAUAUAUAGAGGAUAUUACAUGGCAGCGCGAAGAUAUGACUUUUUAUCUUCAAGUGGUGAAAACAACAUUUUACGAAUGAGCACAGCGAGUGAGUAAAAUAUUGUUUUUAACAUGAGAAGAUAAAAGUCAUAUCUUCAAGCCACCGUGUAUUGUUCUGUUUAUUACAGUAUAUAGUGCCAAGCAAAAAAUUGUAUAAAUAUUAAAAGUCACGUGAUUGAUAUCUUCACUAGUGAAGAUAUGGAAUAUAUAUGUCACUGUGUAUUUCUCAGUAUCCCACUCUCUACUAUAUAAUAAAUCAGCUAGUAUAUUGAAAAAUAUUAAAAUUUGUUACAGAUUUUAGUAUUGACUGUAUUGUAUGCUUCAUCAUACAAUUUACGUUUUAGUUUGGGUUUAAAGGAAAAAUGGAGAAUUUUGUUUCGAAAGCUGGUGCAACGUCGCUUACGAAGGGUGAUGAGAAAGGCAACACUGCUGUACAUUAUGCUGUGGGACAGCCUGAAUUAUUGGACAAGAUAUUGCUUAGGGCAACUGAACUUG